GAGAGAGAGAGACAGAGAGAGAGAGAGAGCGGUCGAGUCAGUUCUGUGUAAUCUCUCGUCUCUUCGUGAGCGGCUCGGCUGGAGUUUCAUGUUGAGUCGUGUUUGUUUCUUCCACAGCAGAAGUUUUCCUGACUCACACAACUAGAUACGAACCGAAGCGAUGGACUCAAACCAAACAUCUCUGUCAUCCAGUGUCCGCUCACUCGGCCUUCACAGAACAACUCUGUCUUCUGACGCUCAGGUUACGAUGAGCUGAACUCCUCAGCGGCUCUAAAACAGAACAAGAAGCUUGCUGAAGAACCAUGGAGUCGACCAACACAUCAUAUCACAACAACAGGAUCCUCCAGGAUCACUACAACUACACCGGCAAACUGGACAAGGACAGAGACAAACUGAAGCCGGAGUCCAUCGCCUGCCUCUUCCUCUGCCUCCUCAUCGUCGUGGAGAACCUGAUUGUGCUCAUGGCCAUCCGGAAGAACAAGAAGUUCCACAUACCCAUGUACUAUCUGCUGGGUAACCUGACGCUGUCGGACCUGCUGUCCGGGGUCACCUACACUCUGAACAUCGCUCUGUCGGGCCCCAUGACGCUGGGCCUGACCCCACUGCUGUGGUUCCUGAGAGAGGGAGGCGUCUUCAUCACGCUCUCGGCGUCCAUCAUCAGUCUGCUGGCCAUCGCCAUCGAGCGCUUCUUCACCAUGCGCAACACCAAGCCCUACCACCGCGCCAAACGCAACCGCAUGUUCGCGCUGAUCGCCGGAAGCUGGGCUCUGUCGCUGUUGCUAGGCGCCCUGCCGAUUAUGGGCUGGAACUGUCUGCAGCGUCUGGAGCUGUGCUCCACCGUCCUGCCGCUCUACGCCAAGAGCUACGUCUUCUUCUGCGUCUUCGUGUUCCUGGGAAUCCUGCUGGCCAUCGCGCUUCUGUACGGGCGCAUCUUUCACUUCGUCAAGACCAACACGUCGAACACGGACUGCGUCCAGCGCAAACCGUCCGGCCAUCGCUCGCGGAAGUACAUGGCUCUGCUGAAGACGGUCACUAUCGUGGUGGGAGCGUUCGUUCUGUGCUGGAUGCCUCUGUUCGUGCUCCUGCUGAUGGACUUCGUGUGCCCCGUCAAGACCUGUCCGGUUCUCUUCAAGGCCGAUUACUUCCUGGGCGUGGCCAUGUUAAAUUCCCUCAUUAACCCAGUCAUUUACACGCUGAUGAGCAGAGACAUACGCCGGGCCAUCCUGAAGCUGCUCUGCUGCCGCUGUCUGAUGACCAAAGACGGCCGCGUGAGGAAGAUCGGCGUCCGAAUCAGCUUCACGAAGACCGACGUCAACCGCCAGGGACUGGAGACCACCAUCUCGUCCGGCAACGGCACCACCUUACCGGUCAAAUCCAUCUACCCCAAACUCAAGCUCUCCGUCAUCGCCUGAGCACACAAGCAGACAGAAGCAUGGGUUUACUUGCAGCAGAUUGAUCAAACAAUCAUCGGGAUGUUCUGUAAAGAUCAUGUUCCAUGAAGAUGACAUGAUAAGAAAAACUUACAUUUUUGACUAGUAUUAUGCAUCGCUGAGAACUUCAUUAACAACUUUAAGAUUUUUCUGUACUCUCGUAUUUUCAAAUAUUGUCAGAUCAUACGUCACACAUCUUGUCCAUCCUCAUGAGCUGUCAGAGUCUGGACUGAAUCAUGAACUACUCAAGAACUCAAAAGAGAAGCUGUUUCAAACACAAACUUUCUCCUAUAGACCUUGAAUCAGCUGUCGUGGGCAGAACGAGGUCUUUGUGUAGGUGUUCUUCAGCAUUUCAUCAUUCGGUCCUUUACGUCUGCACACAGACCCAUCAGCCUGAGAUCAGAUCUCUAAGACCUCAGACAUGCACUGAACAGCAGACCAGCCUCGUAUAGCAACCCCAAGCGCUUUAUAAAUGAAAUAUUAUUAUUAUUAUUAUUAAAUACGGCAGUAUAUGUCAGUCCUUUCUGCUACUGAUGAAUGCACAACCCUCCACAGAUAAAAGCAGUAUGAGGAAAACCACUGUAAAUAAUCCACUCUCGAUGUUAAACUGAGCAUCUCUUCAGAAAAAAACAUGUUUAAGGUUUGUUUGUACAGUUUUCUUUGUACAGUGUAAAUGCUUGUUGUGAUGUUUUUAUAAUGUUUUUUAAAGCCUGAGUGAUACUAAAUUAUGUUCUUUCUGGUUUGAUAUUAAAUAUUUUGGAAUA